CUCCAGCUCUUACCAUGCGGUUGUAAACAUUAUUGAACACCCGGGCAUGGUUCGGACGAGCCCAAGCAAUCUUUUGGUCCGAAAGACUGAUUUCCCUGUCGUGACUGUACACAACUCGUGAGGCAGUCUGGGAUCUCCAUGCGUCAAGGGUACCACCUUUAUGGAAUUCGUUACCCUCGCCGUCUCGCUUCGUUAUGCCUCAAGCAGACUGUGUGGGAUUGAUUAUCGGUCGGUCCCCAGUCGAUAGCAGGAGUCGCCCACCACCGGAGCUCGGCAGCCGAUGCGACGCCUCGGAUAAACCUCGGAUGUCUCGGAAUACGUCGCUCAGCUGGUUCCUUGCUUUGCGCCUGCUCUACCAGACCUCCCCAGUCAUAUAUAGGCCAGAACUUAUGGCGAACCCCCUCAUCGCCUCCCCGGAUUGCCGUCUGAUAGGCGACUCGAUUUUUCUCACUUUCCAUCCAUAUUUCCGUCCCAGACCGACAUGCCGCCCUCUGAUUUUGCCAAGGCAAAUAUCGACGAAGUUGUCGAACAGCUAACUACAGACGAGGCAAUCCUACUCACAGCUGGGGUGGGAUUUUGGCACACUCACGGCGUACCGCGCCUUGGCGUCCCACCUCUAAAAGUCAGUGAUGGACCCAACGGUGUGCGAGGCAAUCAUUUCUUCAUGAGCACCCCUGCGAAAUGCCUGCCAUCGUCCACUGCCAUGGGUGCCACCUUCGACACUGAGCUCAUCGAAGAGAUAGGCCUCAAGCUACUCGCAGAAGAAGCCAAGAUCAAGGCUGCGUCCAUUCUCCUAGCGCCGACCUGCAAUAUCCAGCGCAGCCCACUCGGCGGUCGUUCUUUUGAAUCGUUUUCAGAAGAUCCUUACCUCUCCGGUAUGAUCGCCGCAGCCUACGUCAAGGGUGUCCAGGCUGGUGGCAUCGCCACAGCAAUCAAGCACUUUGUCGGUAAUGACAAAGAAAAUGAUCGGAUGGCGUACGACUCCAUCAUGUCUGAACGCGCUCUGCGGGAGAUAUACCUCAUGCCCUUCAUGCUCGCUGAGAAGUUUGCUCAGCCAUGGUCCUUCAUGACUGCCUACAACCGAGUGAACGGCACACAUGUGUCAGAGAAUCCGUACAUCAUUCGGGACAUCCUCCGGAAAGAAUGGGGCAGCGAUGCGCUUGUCAUGAGCGACUGGUUUGGUGUGUACUCCAUCGACCAUGCCAUCAACGCCGGCCUCGAUCUUGAGAUGCCCGGCACGAACAAGUGGCGCACCCUCGACCUCAUGAACCGCUCGAUCCAGAGCCGCAAGAUCACCGCUCGCACUGUCAAAGAGCGCGCCCGGAAGGUGCUUGAGCUGACGAAAAGAUGCGCACAGGAGGCUCCAGAAGUCCUCGACGGCGACGGCGUUGAGCGUACUAGGGAGUCAGAGGCAGAUUCCACCCUGAUGCAAAGUUUGGCUGCGCAGGCAAUCGUCUUGUUAAAGAAUGAUGGCGCUUUGCUUCCGUUGAGACCAAAGGAGCAAGGUCUCAAGAAGAUCGCAAUCGUCGGCGGUAAUGCCAAGGCUCGAGUGCUUAGCGGCGGCGGCUCCGCUGCGCUCAAGCCCAGCUACUUCAUCAGCCCAUACGACGGCAUCGUCAAAGCAAUUCAUGACAUCGAUUCGAGCAUAGAGGUCACGUAUUCCGAGGGUGCUAGAACUUACCGUACCACACCAACAUUGGAUUACGACCUCGUCACCGAGGAUGGCAAGCCCGGCUGGACCGGCUCGUGGUUCGCCCACGAGAGUGACGAGUCCAUGACUCCCCUCAAGGAACCUCUCAAGACCCAGUACGUUGACGAGACUAGGAUUUUUGUAAGCACGUCCUACCCAAAAGAUAUUACCAAGCGCUGGACCCUCCGGCUCGACGGUCAGCUAAAGCCAAGGGACCGGGAUAUGCUUUUCGAGUUCGGUCUCAUUGCCUCUGGGAGGGCGAAGCUUUUCGUCGAUGAUCAGCUCGUUAUCGAUAACUGGACGAAGCAGCGCCGCGGCGAGUUCUUCUUCGGCUGCGGAACCGAGGAAGAGUACGGCCGCUUCUCGCUCAAGGCUGGCGUUUCGCACAAGGUUCAUAUCGAGUUCUGCAACGUCCGCGCGCCGGCGGAUGGGGACCCGAACGAGGCCGUCAUGGAUUCGAACCCCGGCGUGCAGCUCGGCGGUGCGGAGGUGCGCGACCCAGAUGAGCUCCUUGAUAGUGCGCUGCAGCUAGCGCGCGAAGCGGAUGUCGUCAUCGCCGUCGUGGGACUGAAUGCGGAGUGGGAGUCUGAAGGCUACGAUCGUACCACGCUGGCGCUGCCGGGGCGCACGGACGAACUCGUCGCCAAGGUGCGCGCGGCGAACCCGAAGACGGUUGUCGUCACGCAGAGCGGCUCGAGCAUCGCGAUGCCGUGGGCGGACGACGUGCCCGCUAUCGUGCACAGCUGGUACUCUGGCAACGCGACGGGAGCUGCACUCGGCGAUGUCCUGACGGGCAAGGUCAACCCGAGCGGCAGGCUAAGUUUGACGUUCCCCAAGAAGCUCGAGGACGUGCCGAGCCACGGACACUUCCACUCCGAGCAUGGAAAGGUGCAAUACGGCGAAGAUCUGUUUGUGGGUUACAAGCAUUACCAUCACCGAGGCAUCUCGCCUCUAUUCCAUUUUGGCUAUGGCCUCUCGUACACGUCCUUCGAGUAUUCGAACCUCGAGCUCUCGGAACCAACCUAUUCCAGCGGCGACCUCUCCGUAACUGCGACCGUGACCGUCACGAACACGGGCUCAGUCGCCGGCGCCGAAGUCGUUCAGCUCUACGUCUCGCUGCCGACAACGUCCGAGCUAACGCACCCGCCUCUUAUGCUGAAGGCCUUCGCGAAGCUACGCGACCUCUCUCCGGGCACGAGCGCCACUGCUGCGCUCAAGCUUGACAAGUACGCCGUGUCGUACUGGGAGGAGCGUAUCGCCCGCUGGGUCGUCGAGAGCGGCGAGUAUAUUAUCAGGGUUGGCAGGAGCAGCGCACCCGAGGAUUUGAAAUUGCAAACGAAGCUCGUUUUGAAGAAGGGCUUUGAGUGGAACGGAGUGUAGACUUGCGUUGUGCACUGAAGUGUAACUCCUGACGUACAAAUAUCACGAAGUCGCU